AUGACAUCCACCUGCACCAACAGCACACGAGAAAGCAACAACAGCCACGCGUGCGUGCCCCUCUCCAAAAUGCCGAUCAGCUUGGCUCACGGGAUCAUCCGCGCCACCGUGCUGCUCAUCUUCCUCGGCGCCGCCUUCGUUGGUAAUAUAGUGCUAGCGCUCGUGUUGCAGCGUAAGCCGCAGUUGCUGCAGGUGACCAACCGCUUCAUCUUUAACCUCCUCGUCACCGACCUGCUGCAGGUUGCGCUUGUGGCCCCCUGGGUGGUGGCCACGUCCGUGCCUCUCUUCUGGCCCCUCAACAGCCACUUCUGCACUGCCCUGGUUAGCCUCACCCACCUGUUCGCCUUUGCCAGCGUCAACACCAUUAUCGUGGUGUCGAUAGAUCGCUACCUGUCCAUCAUCCACCCUCUCUCCUACCCGUCCAAGAUGACCCACCGCCGUGGUUACCUGCUCCUCUAUGGCACCUGGAUUGUGGCCAUGCUGCAGAGCACACCCCCACUCUACGGCUGGGGCCAGGCUACCUUUGAUGAGCGCAAUGCCCUCUGCUCCAUGAUCUGGGGGUCCAGCCCCAGCUACACCAUCCUGAGCGUGGUGUCCUUCAUGGUCAUCCCACUGGCUGUCAUGAUUGCCUGCUACACCGUGGUGUUUGGUGCAGCCCGGCGGCAGCAUGCUCUGCUGUACAAUGCUAAGAGCCACAGCUUAGGGGUGCGGGUCAAGGACUCUGUGGAGAAUGAGAACGAAGAAGAGGGAGCCGAGAAGAUGGAUGAGUUCAGGGGUGAGAGUGCAUUCCACAGCCAGGAUGAAGAUGAGGUCAUGGAGGGCAGCAUGGAGGCUGAAAACAGCAGCAUGAAAGCCGAGCACGGAAGCCUGGGGACCAGUGAGGGAAGCAUGGAGGAUAUUGAAGGCAGCGGCACAGAUGAAGAGAACAGGAUGAGGGCAAACCAGGGCCGGGCAGAGGUCAACCAGUGCAACAUCGACUUGGGUGACAUUGACAUGGACUUUGGUGAGGAAGACAUCAAUUUCAGCGAGGAUGAUGUGGAAGCAGUGAACAUCCCAGAGAGCCUCCCACCCAGUCGUCGCAAUAGCAACAGCGACCCUCCUCUGCCUAGGUGCUACGAGUGCAAAGCUGCUAAAGUGAUCUUCCUCAUCAUUUUCUCCUACGUGCUCUCCCUAGGGCCCUACUGCUUCCUAGCAGUCCUGGCCCUGUGGGUGGAUGUCCAAACCCAGGUACCCCAGUGGGUGAUCACCAUAAUAAUCUGGCUUUUCUUCCUGCAGUGCUGCAUCCACCCCUACAUCUAUGGCUACAUGCACAAGACCAUCAAGAAGGAAAUCCAGGAUGUGCUGAAGAAGUUAUUUGGCAAGAAUAAGCCCCCCACAGAAGAUAACCAGCGCGACCUGCCUGGAACCGAGGCUGGCACAGAGGGCGGGAUCGAAGGCAAGAUUGUCCCUUCCCGUGAUUCUGCUACUUCGCCUUGA